GCACAGCGCCCGAUCCGCCUCAUCUCUGCCUAAAAUCAAUGAGCGGCUGCCCGAUCCGCUGUUUCUGCUUUCAGCCUUUUCCAGGAAGAAACUGACGGCGGGCCACGAUGGGCCGAGAAAUGAAAGGAGGAAACGGAGAAGUUGAAUUUGUCCUUUGUGAACAAUGACCAUAGAUUGAAAAAAACAUUAACAACACAAACGGGCGCGCAUGGUUUUUAAAUGGAUCGCGACCGAAAAUCAAUGGUAGUGUGUUCAUGAAGGAUUAUUUUUUAAAGGAAAACAGGGGAAAAGUGGGGAAAGGGAGAACUUCCUGAAUUGCGAAAAACAUGGUCUGAACCUCCAGGCGAUGUGCAUUGAAGAUAUUCGCGGAUUCUUCAUAUCCGAUGUAUUUUAUUGUAUCCAAUCCCCAUAUAAAAGGAUAAUAUUACGGAGGGACGCGUAAUCAUUAUCUAUUGCUGCAAGGACUUUUGAUCGUGCUGUUUGUUGUACACAAGGCUCGGAGGGGAUCCCUUUUCAGCCUCUGAGCGAGUGCCCUACCAAACUGUACUUCCUCCCCCGCCCAUGCGCCAGCAUCACGGCCGGCCAGCCGGAUGGAGGAAGGGCCCACUCGCCUGCCGGCACACCUGCGUCUGCAGCCCGCUCUUUGGAGCAGAGAGGAUGUCUCGCAGUGGCUGAAGUGGGCCGAGCGGGAGUUCUCCCUACAUCCCAUUGGCAGUAACACCUUCCAGAUGAACGGAAAGGCGUUGCUGUUGCUCACCAAGGAGGACUUCCGGUACCGCUCACCCCACUCAGGCGAUGUCCUAUAUGAGCUGCUUCAGCACAUCCUGAGACAGAGGAAGACCCAUGGCUUACACUCCUCUAGCUUCUACCAGGGAAGCUUCCACUCGCAGCCAGGGGACCAUCAGCUUCACAGGCUUGAAGAAACGGUACGUCGAACCCCACAAGGUACAGAGCCCAUCCCUCAGUUCACUCCCACCAUUGAGCUGCGCCAUCGUCCCCGGUCGCCUCAUAACCCGAGGCAGCCAUCGCCAAAUUCCUGCCGCUCGCCCCCAAAGCCGGGCCUUCGUGAGGACCCCUCACAGCUGACCUCCCAGCUGCCCGACAGCAACCACCACCCCGAGGAACAGUACCAGCUGUCCCUGUCGCCAGCAGAGGGCGCAAAUGGCCGCUGCGUCUCGCCACAUGAGGGCGACUCGCACUUGGUGCACAGUGCCGCCGUGCACCCCAUCCUCCUUAACACACGCAUGUCCCUGGCCGAUUUCAAACGCGCACGGAUGACCCCCAUGAGUGGGCGAGAUGGGUCCACGCUGGUCUCCAAUCGGGAGGAGCUGCUGUACCAGAACCACAUCUUGGUGCCUUCAUCUCCCCUUGAGGAGCCACCUCUGCCCAUUGGACGAAUCGCAGACUGCAGGCUGCUGUGGGACUAUGUGUAUCAGCUUCUCUCUGAUAUCCGCUAUGAGAACUACAUUCGAUGGGAGGACAAGGAGAGCAAAGUGUUUCGCAUUAUGGAUCCGAAUGGACUCGCUCAGCUCUGGGGCAAUCACAAGAACAGGACUAACAUGACUUAUGAGAAGAUGUCAAGAGCGCUGAGGCAUUACUACAAGCUGAACAUCAUCAGGAAGGAGCCCGGCCAGAGGCUGUUGUUUCGGUUUAUGAAAACCCCAGACGAGAUUAUGAGUGGCCAGGCCGACAGGUCGGAGCACUUCGAUUCAGACCUCGACGAUCAGAUGUACGUAAAGGAGGAAUGCUGAAUGUGCAUGACACUCCGACAGAGUAACGUGGAUUUUGAAAAGCAUCUGAAACUAGAUUCCAGACAAGAGGAACUUAAACCUGUGGAUUAACUUUAAAUGCAUUUCACAUUCACUCUUUUAAAUUAGAUUUUAUGUGAAGUUUGCUAUAAUUUUGAUCAAUUAAAUCUUUUAUAUAUGAACCUAUAAUAAAACAUCCAAAGCAGUGUCUCUUGGAUAUCUAUUAUACAUGCUUGAUUUACGAUAUGGAUCCAGUGUUUUGGAUAUACAGUUCAUGUUCUUUAUGUGCCAUUUAAGUGCAUUUAUGUGCAUAUUUCAGGAUGUUGGGAUUUUUUUAUGGUGCUGAUAGACAUUCUUUGCAAAUGCAGAGCAGGAGUAUGUUCAGUGCAUAAUAAAUAUUUAAAAUUCAACAGUUAAA